CAUCCUUUAAACAUUUCUCCUCACCUACUUCAAGUCACAUCAUCCAUUAGUGACCUAAGCCAGUAGGAUUUAAUGAUUUCUUGGUGAACAAGCCCAUGCAGAAAUGUAUACAUAAGAGCAAAGAAACGGUCAUUUCUAAAAUGUUACCUAUUUUCACCUUCCAGGCUGCAUUGUGUGCACUUGUUAUUCUUGAAGCUGACGGCAAUGUGACAACGGUAAAUGGGAAUGAGUGCGACUAUGUUAUUUUUGACCCUGGCUAUGCCCAGUCAGAGCAUCGUUCUCAGAUCAGAUGGUACAAGGGAGACGUGCCCUUAAAGCAGGGGACACGUGGCAGCACUGGGUACGGCCAGCGGAUUCGUGUCUUUCGUAAUGGAACACUGGGGCUCCGCGUUGCUGGGAAGGAGGAUGCAGGACGGUACACAGCUAAGGUCUGCGCCAGCUCUCAGCAUUGUCUCCACCAAAGGACAUUUCAGUUACGUGUACAUGGAUACCUUGUCAGAGGGAUUGUAGGUGACUGCGUUGCUUUUCACCUGGCCUGCCUGCAGUCAGCUGGGUACAUCCAUGCCAUCUGGAAGAAAGACAGACAGCGAGUGGCACAGAUCAGAAGGCAACCGGUAAACGCUUCAGAGGUCUACUGCAAGAGGGCCCGUGUGUUCUACAACGGCAGCAUGAGUCUUUGCCCCGCAGAAUGGAGAGAUCAGGGAGAGUACGUGGCAGAAGUGUAUGAUCAGGAUGGCUUGCAUCUGCAUCAGAUUUUUCACCUGGAACUGAAGAAAGUGGAAACUCUUCAAGAAAUCACAGAACUUAUCGGUGGGUCCAUAUUCCUGAAUCUAACAGAGAUGAUGCCGGAACACUUCCUCCAGGUAGUCUGGAAAAAGGAGAACACAGAAGUAGCUUGGACAAAUGGUUCUUGGUUUUGGUACCAUGGAGAAUACGUUAACAGGUCUGAGAUUGUGUCUAGUCACAGCCUUAGACUAGACAAGAUUGAGACAAGUGACCGUGGCAGCUAUUCUAUAGAAGUGAAAGACAGAGAUGGCAGAGUUGUGUACGAAGGCAUCACUCAUGUGAAUAUUGAGCAAAAGGAGACGCUUGGAAGAAAUCCUUCUCUCUAUGUUCUCAUAGUAGCAGCAGCUGUUGUAGUUACUAUUUUCUUGGUUGCACUGAUAUGGGGUUUUCAGAAGCCUGGGCAUAGGACAGGUAAGAAAUCUCCUUCAACACCUAAAUCACCUAUUUAAAUAGCAAGUGAUGCGUGAUCCAGUUCUCUGCAUUCAGGAGAUAUCUGACUGGUUUUUGGUAUGAGUUUGGUCCAGAGGAGCAGGCUGCAGCUUUGCAUUGCUGUCAGUGCUGGUGACAGCACGUGGCUCUGCUGUAGGGACUGACUGCCCGAGGCCUUUCCACACUGAUGGGAGAAUUUUCAGCCCUGCUUGCCAAGGUCCUGUGCUGGGAGUGUCCAGGCUGGUCCUGUGUCUGCAGGGUGGAUUUGCGUCAAGGCCUUAGGAGGCUGUGGCAGCUGCCCUUCUCCUGUUUGUGUGGUGUGUAGUCCGAUGAGAGCUGUGUUUUUAUUUAUUUAUUUAUUUUCCUGUGGUGGGACACUGACUGGUAGGAUAGGGCCUCAUAUCUCUGCUUGUGGGACUUGUGCCCUUGAACUCCCCUGGGAUUGGUCACUUCUGGGAGCACAGAGUUGGUGAGUGCAGGCAAGGGGAGGGACCUGUGUUUCCUCCUGAGCUGGUGAGCUGGGGCUGAAACCAAGUCAACCUUCCCAAGUGCCUGGCAGUGUAGCACAGUAUGGAUGAAGCU